AUGCAGAAGGCGGCAUUAACCGCCCUUGCAUGGCGAGCUUCGGACGAGGACACGCAGCACUUGAGGCAAGUAUUCGAAUGCCUGGAUCGAGAUGGAAAUGGGCACAUGACCAUGGGAGAGCUCCGCGGAGCGUUUGCAGAGGUCGGCGUGACCUUGCCGGGGGGGUUGAGCCUGUGUGGAGUCGGCACAGACGGCAAUGACACCAUCGAAUACACUGAGUUCCUGGCAGCAGCUCUGGACAAGAAGAAAGUGUUGAAGGAAGAUGUCGUUUGGGAAGCUUUCAAGAUCUUCGAUGCCGACGGGAGUGGCACUGUAACAAAGGCAGAGCUAUGCAAACUGCUAAGUUCUGGUCGCACCAGCGACAAGACGAAGCAGGAGAAGGAGUCCAAGGCAAUCGAAGUCUUUCUCGACAACUACGAUACUUCCGGAGAUGGUGUUGUGGAUUUCGAUGAGUUCAUGGGUAUGUUAGAUGAGAGUCAUACCAGGACCAAAAGCAAGCAGCCGCAUUCAACCACAAACUUGGUAAGUGCGGAUCCCUCUGCAGAUAAUUCAUACUUCGGCUUUUGUUCAAAACUUUCGGGUGCGACCGGCGAAAAGGAACAGGUCACACCAUCUGUACCUUCUAGACAGCCUUCCAGACAAACUGUCCGGCGCUCAACGGCGGCGGGUGGAAAAAGGUGA